AUGACACAACUGGCCGAGCUGACGCCACGCCGCAAGCCGGCGUGUGCCGCUUUUCUCGUGGACACGAAAGCGCAGGCGCGAGAUCGGGCUGGAUGGCGAGAGUUUGCGAGAAAGGUGAACAAUUUCCUGGCGCCGCUUUCCGCCGUCGAUGAGCGCGCACACAAAGUGGUCAAAAAUCACUUUCACGCAUACCUGAUGCCGAAGCCCGACUUUGCCGACUACUUGCUGAAGACGUCUGGAGACGAAUAUUACCUGCGAGCGCAAUACAAAAACGUCGUCGCCGCCGACAAGUACCAUCUGGUGCUCAGGGCGCCGGUACAUGUGAUCCCAAAUUUGGAUGGCGAUACGUUGCUCUUAUUCGAGAUAUUUCGGCGCCUUGGCUUCCCGGAGGGAUCGACAAAGUUCCUUUUUCUUGGAAACUACGCUGGCGACACCGCUUUAUCGACGGCACUGAUGAAUUUCAUGCUGGCGCUCAAGAUUGUAUGCCCGGACAACGUCUUCUUGCUGCGUGGAAGGGCGGAAAUCCCCGAUGGGAUCCGACCAUUUGCGAAGAAAUACUGGGAGCGACAAGUGCGCGAAUGGCAAGACAUUUUCAAAUGGAUGCCCGCGUCCGCGUCGAUCUUUGACCAAGGCGCCAUCUUCUGCACGAAUCACGGACUUGGCUUGCCCUACACCACGAAGAUGAUAGAAACAAGUCUAAAGAUGACACUGCCGCAACGAUUUGAUAUGGAACAAAGGAAGGUGCAGCCGAUUUGUCGUGACACCAUGGACGUUGCUAUGAAAAACUUCAUGAAACGGGAACGCGUGGACCUGGUGUGCGAGGCGGCCAACCACCUUCGUGAGGCUUGCAUGCUUGCAUCAGACAUGGAACGCCUCUACCUAGGCCACAACGAAGACCCAUUGCUGAAAACG